CUCCGGUGGUAAAGUAGCCAAGUGGGCUUCAGCAAUGUGGUCCCCAUUAAAUUCACAGUCACUCUGUCAACCAAUAAGUCAAUCUAAGUUGCGCUGAACUCCUCUUUUUUUGCGGCAAACCCCAGACACCCGUGUGCAGCUGCAUCAACCUGUGGCGACCGGCUCUUCCCAAAGGCUUCGGAGAAACAACGCUGCAGCUCGUCUGAUUCAGAUUGGAAUAAAAACAAAGUGGAGCUCUGUCGCCACCUGGCGGUUAGCGGCCGUCACUGUCUGUGUUUCCUAAACUGAAGAUGGCGACACGAGUCCUUCAGAGGGUCCGCGGAGGCUUCACUCCGGCUAAAAGCAGGGCUCUGUCAGCCGGAAGCCUCUCGCUCUGGGUCAGAGGAUUUUCAGCAUCCAACAGCAGAAACAGAGAGGACAGCUGGUUUAGGUCUCUGUUUGUCAGGAAGGUCGAUCCCAGAAAAGAUGCACACUCCACCUUACUGACCAAAAACAAGGAAAGUAAUCUCUACAAAAUUCAGUUCCAUAAUGUGAAGCCAGAGUGCCUGGAUGACUACAAUAAGCUGUGCGAGGACGUUCUGCCCUCCAUCCAUGCUGAUAAGUACUACCCCUGUGAGCUGGUGGGAACCUGGAAUACCUGGUAUGGAGAACAAGACCAGGCUGUUCAUCUGUGGCGCUACAGAGGCGGCUACCCUGCUCUGACCGAGGUCAUGAACAAGCUCAAGCAGAAUAAGGAGUUCACGGCGUACAGAAAGGAGCGCGGGAAGAUGCUGCUGUCGCGCAGGAAUCAGCUCCUGCUGGAGUUCAGCUUCUGGAACGAGCCCCUCCCCCGGGAAGGCCCCAACAUUUACGAGCUCAGGUCUUAUCAGCUCAGGCCAGGAACCAUGAUCGAGUGGGGUAAUUACUGGGCCAGAGCAAUCCGAUACCGCCAGCGCAACAGCGAGGCCGUGGGAGGGUUUUUCUCCCAGAUUGGUGACCUUUACAUGGUCCAUCACCUUUGGGCCUACAAAGACCUUCUGUCCCGAGAAGCCACCAGGAACGCCGUGUGGCAGCAGGAGGGCUGGCAUGAAGUGGUGUAUUACACAGUCCCUCUCAUUCAGCACAUGGAUUCUAGGAUCAUGAUCCCAACUAAAGCUUCCCCGCUGCAGUAAGGAGGGACGAUCUGUUAUCAGGAUCAACUUUCUGUCAGUGCUACCAAAAAAAAAAAAACCCAAAACAAACAAACAAACAAAAAAAAAAAAACCAGCCCUCUUUUUGUUUUUAUAUUGGCUUCAUAAUGUCAAGAAUCCACUCCUAAAAAUACCUGCAUUUCGAUUCAAACAGAUGUGGACGGUAGCGUGCUCUCGGUCACAGACGGUCGAAAUGAACCAAAUUGAAACCUUCUGAUUGUCACGUGCAGCGUCUCGCGCCGCGCCAAAAAGCGGGCCAGAAGAAGAGCUCGUCUCCAGUUUGGGAAGCAACAGAAGUUACUGAAAAAAGUGCAAGUGUGUAAAAAAAAAAAAAAAAAAGAGCGGCGAGGAUAGUAGUGUUGAAAUUCAUUGCUCAGUGCAGUAGCCAUUUAUUUAUUUCAUGUAGAGUACAUGGUGUUUAAAUGUGUUGACAAAGUGACUCUUUGAUGUAAGCUGACCGACAUCAGACGUCUUAAUUUAAGAACAUAUAUUUCAGUGACCUAUCAAGGUGGUAAAGUCAGACAUACCGUACAAUGCAGAUAUCUGAAUUUUAUAUUUGCUGUCUGUUACGAACACUCCGGGUUCUGUUCUGUGUUUUAUUCUUAUGUUUCCUGUUAAAGCAAUGUUACCUCUUCCCGGUGCUGUGUUUGUAACUUUUUUUUUUUUUCCUGUUGAGACGGCAUGCCUGGUUUUAAAAAUCUGAUUUUAAUCCAACAUUUCUUAAGCGUGGGAACCUGUUGUCCAUCAGCGGUCGGGUGAAUCUGCUGCGUUGUACUGUAAUAAUGGCUGAUUUAUCAUUAAGGGAUCCACAUUUAUCAUUUUGUUUUUAAGAAGAAAUAUUGUUAGGAGAUGAGAGAGAGCGGAAAGAAAUUAAAAUCAUUCAGACAUUC